UUUUUUUAUCGACUAAAAUACGGUACGGGGAUUUGUUGAGCUUACUCUUCAGCUGCACUAAUUUCUUGCUUGCAUUAUAGACAUAAGCUAAAACCAUUGCGCGCCUUUCGCCAUUUUGCGCACCCAACAUUCUUGCUUAGCAAGGUAGUUAUUUUGCAGCAUGGCAGAGGCAGACCGACCGGGGAAGCUCUUCAUCGGGGGCCUCAACACGGAGACAACCGAGAAGGCCCUGGAGCAGUACUUCAGCAAAUAUGGCCGAAUAGUAGAAGUUCUUCUGAUGAAAGAUCGUGAAACUAACAAGUCCAGAGGGUUUGCAUUUGUCACUUUUGAAAGUCCUGCAGAUGCAAAGGAUGCAGCAAGAGAGAUGAAUGGAAAGUCUCUUGAUGGCAAGCCUAUCAAAGUGGAGCAAGCUACAAAGCCUCAGUUUGAGAGUGGUGGGAGACGGGGACCUCCACCCAUGCACUCCCGGACUCGUGGUCCUCCCAGAGGACCCCGUGGUUCAAGAGGAGGCCCCGGUGGCAUGAGGGGCCCGCCAUCCAGAGAUUACUAUGAUAAUUCAGGAAGCAUGGACCCCUUCUUCAAGGGGAUGUCGUCCAGGGGCCCACCUCCAAUGAAGCGAGGACCCCCAGUUCGCAAUGGAGGCCCUCCACCCAAGAGGUCCGCCCCAUCUGGGCCCAUGAGCAGACCUCCCAUGUCAAGGGACAGGGAUCCUUAUGGACCACCGCCACCUCGCAGAGACUCCAUGAUGUCCAGAAGGGAUGAUUAUCCGUCGCCGAGAGAUGACCAUUACAACUCAAAAGACAGCUACUCCAGUCGGGAUUAUAAUUCCAGAGAUUCAAGGGACUACGGGCCUCCCCCCAGAGACUAUUCCUACAGAGAAUAUUCUAACUCCAGCUCCCGAGAUGACUAUGGCUCAAUGUCAAGAGGAUACAGUGACCGUGACAGUUACGGAGGAGGCCGGGAACCAAGAGGCUACAUGGACCGUCCCAGUGGUGGCUCCUACCGAGAGUCGUAUGAUGGCUACGGUAACUCUCGCAGCGCCCCGCCCUCACGGGGUCCCCCACCAUCCUAUGGUGGGAGCAGUGGAAGCAGUCGUUACGAUGACUAUGGCAGCAGUUCCCGGGAUGGCUAUGGCAGUCGUGACAGUUACCCCAGCAGUCGGAGUGACCAAUAUCCACCUAGCCGUGGAGACCGAAUGGGCAGGCAGGAGAGGGGCCCGGCCCCCCCUGCCGACAGAGGCUACCCUCCCCGUGACUCGGGCUACAGCAGCUCGAGCCGCGGAGGGCCACGCGGCGGCCGCGGCGGCAAUCGAGUCGAUAGGGGAAUGGCUCGCAGCAGAUACUGAACUGGACACAUUCAAACAAGCAUCAGUCUCCGUGCACAGUCGACACGUGUUUUGGAUGAGUUCUGACCUAGUCAUGUCUAAGUUUGUGGGAUACGAAGAUUAGGCUUAAACGUUAUGACUUCCCCAGUUUUUUUUUUUAAAUGUGUAAAGGUUCUUUUUUUAGUUUUUUAGUAUCUUUUGCUUAUGUCACAGUACAGUUAUUGAGUGAGUGUUAGUUUUUUUUUUGUACAUUCAAUACUGUUGGAAUCUGCAUUGCCCUCUCCAUUUGGCUUUCCUACUCUUAAUAAAGCUUUUAGUUGUAACGUGACCACUGCUCAUCAAUUUUCCCAACAAGAGACCGUAACGUGAAUGUACAGUGACGACGUGAUCUCCUCUCCUCUGCUCGUGAUUUAGAAGGAUUCAAGUGACGUGAGUUCAUAUAUAACAGAAAUGUGCUUCCCCCCCCUGGACACUGCUGUUUUCAAGGUUAGGCAAAUGUUACUGUCAAAAUGUUCCAAUGUAGUUUCCUUGGAAAUGGAUCCAUCACCAUAGAGCUAUUUGAUGGCAUGCAGCGACAAAACCAAAGGCAACAACAAGCAAAUACAUCUCGACUGGUAGUCAACAGCUGGUAAGCAAAGCAACCCUCUUUGUUUCUCAUCUGUAAAUGAGUUUCUCAUUAUCCUGUAAUGCAGUCGCCACUAAAAGGGUGAUGUUCAAGACAACUUUUGCCUCAGGAGAGAAAAGAAAAAAGGUCGACUGAAGUGAGUUUUUUUUUUUUUGUAAUCAGUUUUCCUGCAGCUAAAAGACAAGUGCUCCAACAUCCCUGGAAGUUUUUUUUUUUUGCCUUUUCAACAAUGAAAGUUUUUGACAACUUUUUUUCUCAAAUAAACCUUCAAACACAGCGAUCCUUUUUGACUAAGCAAUCGUCCAAACUUCAGUGAUUGGCAACAGUGCAAUUUCACAUUAUAUUUAACAAUGUAUUUUUUUCUCCCACUGGUAAUUACCUCAAUGCCUUUUUUUUUAAAAAUAAAAUAAUGAUUUUCUCAGUAUCAAAACGUUUUCUACAAGCAUGCCAGUUCAAACAAUGGAGACCUCUGGAGGAACGCCAACGUCUGAACUACCAAACUGGAAAUUAUCGCUGAAGCAAAAUUUCACUCGGACCGAGGGCUACAAUGUCAUCUUCUGAAAUUUUAAGAAUACACCGUCAAGGAAAGAGCAACAUUUUAAUUGUAGAUUUUCAUUUCAGGAUGAAGAAACGCUCCAAGGCCGCUGCUCUUGCAACAUACUUCAUAUUGUGUCCUCCAAUAGUUGGACCAAUUAAACCGCGACGCGUCAGUGUGCACCCACACCCAAGCUGUUGCAGCUCUCUGACGGUGCUGGUUCGAGCUUUUCUUCCAGUAGAGAGAAUGUUGACCGGGAAGAAAUGUGAAGACGGGUUUGUGAUGAUUUAAAUAAAGGCUUGAAGUACA